AUGACACAACGUUAUGAAGAUGGCAUGGCUAUUGUUCUUAAUGGCGAUAAACCAGAUAUUUUUAUAACAAAGACAUGCAAUCCUUCUUGGAGUGAGAUAAGAUCAGAACUUUUGCCUUUUCAAACACCACAAGAUCGUCCAGAUUUGCUAACAAGAAUAUUUCGUUCGAAACUUGAGAAAUUGAAGGACAAUGUUAUUAAUAAAGGAGUCUUGGGUAAAGUUAAAAGCUACAUGUAUGUCACUGAAUUUCAAAAGCGAGGACUGUCGCAUGUGCAUAUGUUGUUGGUCUUAGAAAGUAACGAUAAGUUGUGUGACCCAAAAGAUUAUGAUAGUAUGGUAAGAGCAGAAAUACCUAAAUUAGAAUGUGAACCAGAGUUGCAUGAAGCUGUUGUAAGACAUAUGAUCCACGGACCUUGCGGCAUAAUCAACCGAAAGUCUCCAUGUAUGAAAGACGGACAUUGUAAAAAAAGGUAUCCCAAACAAUUCUUGGAUGAAACACGUCAAGGCACCGACUCAUAUCCCGAGUAUAGGAGAAGGUUUGAUGAGUCUGUAUCGUUAGGUAAAGAUAGGUCUGUCGAUAAUAGAUGGGUGGUUCCUUAUAACCCUUGGUUACUGUUAAAGUAUGACUGUCACAUCAAUGUAGAGAUUUGCAGUAGCAUUAAAAGUAUCAAGUAUCUAUACAAAUAUGUGUACAAGGGCCCUGAUCGUGUGGCUAUGAAGGUUCAUAAAGGAUCAUACAUGGAUGAAGUUCAGUAA